AUGACAGAAUUCCAUGCUGUUACCGCUGGUGUCCCACAGAAUGUAUUUACACUGCCAACGCCAACGGACAUCACCUUGACACCGUUCUGGACUACCAUACUGCAAAAAGACAACUUUCUACUGCAACGAUCCUCUUCACCAGGAAACCAUCUAUUUCGAAACCUAGUGAGCACCAUUGCCAACGUCUUUGACACGAAACUACCGCCAUUUCGCAUCUUGUUUCAAAGAGAGGUGAACACCAUGUGCCUUCAAAUAGCAGUAGGCGAAACAGAAAAGGCAAUUGAUGCGGCGUGGUUUUGGAUAGAGAAAAACAUGAUGCCCGAAUUGGAGACCAUUGGUCAUCCAUUGGACAAAGAGAGAUGGGUGUCUGAAAAGAUCAACAUGAUUGUCACUGAAAUAGAAUCUGGCACAGACGAGUUGUCAUCUGACGAGAAUGUACGAAAUGCCUCCAGGACAUUUAGACAAAUAUUCGACAUUCCGCAUUCUGAACGGUUUGUGAGCUAUUAUUCAUGCGCUUACAAAUCGAGACAAGGUUGGCUGUACAUUAGCGAAAACUACAUUGGAUUUCAUUCGUAUAUCCUGGGAGUAGAGACAAAGGAAUUGAUCGAGUUAAAGGAGAUCCAGGAGAUUAAAAAGGAAAAAUCAAAGGGCAUUUUCGAUGAUAGCUUACGACUGAUCACCAAAGACAAGCAAGAGUACUAUUUAUCCAACAUGUUUAAGAGAGACGAAGUGUAUGAUUUGUUGGUGCAACUGACGGGACAAGCAAUGCAGCGAUGGCUCAAGAAUGCUGGCGGUGAUGCACCAGGCCAGUCGACCGACGCAGCAUUCACAGCUGCCGAAAUAAGCAAAAAACACAGCACACAGCAAACCCAUCGUCUGCUGGCUGACGGCGGUAGAUCGUCUCAUCAUCAGCUAGUGAGCCCCUUAAAACAAGACCUCGCAGCACAAAAGAGAAACAACAAUUACUGCUUUCGAUUCAGACUUCCAGCAGAUCAAUACCUCAUCAGUGGAUUGAAUGCUACUUAUUCCAAAGACGCAGCUGCGGACCGAGACCCUCACUUUCUAUCGCAAGUACCCCCUGGCGUGGUGCAUUUGAUAGGAAGAGUAUACCUAUCACAGACGUUUCUUACAUUCGAAUCAGAGGAGAGAUUGCCAGCACCACAACACAGCUUGCCAAUCUGCAAGGCAGUAUUUCCGUUAUAUACUAUCAAGCGUGUGGAGAGAUUGAACAAAGGGGCCUAUACAUCAGGUGUAGCUAUUACGACUUGUCACAAAAUGGUGCACGAUUUCUUUCUGCAUGCAGAGAAAAACGCAUGCGAGCAGUUUUGUGAGACACUCAAAGACCUGCUUUUAAAGCAAAUUCCCUUGUUCAAAAAGGUCAAGCCUUUCAUGGCUUCAUGCGAGUCUGAGCAGAUAUUCCAAACUGACAAUUUGAUUGACACACGAGUGCAUAUUGGGGGUCUUGGCUUGGAAUUUGGCUAUCCUGAAAACUCGAAAAAGUCCAAAGACAAGAGCAAAACCAAAUUAUGGAAGCUGUAUUUUCAAGAGAACGGUCGAAACUUGGCCAUGACCAAAUUGCCCACAUUUGGCAAGCUAGUGCGCGUAGGUUUGCCCAAUUCUCUUAGAGGCGAGAUCUGGGAAGCGUCGUCGGGUGCCAUGUACUUGCGAUUUGCUAACCAAGGGCUCUAUCAAGAGAUACUGGAGAAAUACAAGGAUCAAAGAUCUACGUCCACAGAAGAAAUUGAAAAGGACUUGAACAGAUCGCUUCCCGAGUAUCCAGGCUACCAGUCUCCUGAGGGUAUCAAUCGUCUGCGUAGAGUGCUGACAGCCUAUGCUUGGAACAAUCCCGAGUUGGGGUAUUGUCAAGCCAUGAACAUUGUGGUGUCUGCAUUGCUGAUCUAUACUACCGAAGAACAGGCAUUCUGGAUACUGCAUAUUUUGGUGGAUCGAUUCUUCCCAGGCUACUACAGCACCAAUAUGUACGGUGCCCUGCUUGAUCAGAUCACAUUUGAGCAGCUGGUAGAGAAGACCAUGCCCAUAUUGUGGAACCAUUUCAAGCGCACCAAUGUAGAAUUGUCGGUUGCCUGCUUGCCUUGGUUUUUGAGUUUGUACAUCAAUUCAAUGCCUCUGGAAUUCGCAGUGAGAGUCUUGGAUAUCUUGUUCAUGGAGGGCCCUCGUAUUUUGUUUCAGAUCGGGAUGCAAAUGGUCAACGGUGAAGAGCUUUUAGAGACAAGAGACGAUGGUGGAUUUUUAGAUAUCUUUAAAGCGUUUUUUCAAUCAAUUGGCCACAAGGAGCAAGUUGACAAUGGAGAUCAACACAUCAAGAUAACUAAAUUUAACGAAGUGAUGAUCACUGCUUAUCGUGAAUUUUCAUUAGUGACCAACGAAAUGAUCAUUGAACUUCGUAACCAGAACCAACUCAAGGUCGGCGCAGGCAUCGAGUCAUUCACCAAACGAACUGUGAUCCGUAAUCUAAAAGACACUGCCAUGUUUAGUAAGGAAGACGUGGCUAUUCUCUAUGACAAGUAUUUCGGUGCACUGUAUUAUGCAAGCCAUGAAGCCAAUAGCAACACCAAAACAGACUCAAAAAUGAACAGAGAGGUGUUCCAAGGCAUGCUCGCUUCCAUGACCGUAUGGGCAAAAGUCAAACAAAAUACAGACAAUGCAGAUGUCAAUGCCGCAAACAAUGUCUGCAAUAGCUUCAUUGACCGCAUGUAUCGCUUAUUUGCAGAGAAUGCGCCGGAUAACUUGCUAGAUUUCCAAAUGGUGAUUUUGGGUAUGAAUGAGAUUCUGCACGGGGAUCUUAUGUCGCAUAUGGAUUGGUUCUUUCAACUCUACGAUCAAGAUAAAGACAACGUCCUCACGAGCCAGGACAUUAUCAACAUGAGUAAAGAGCUGUACUGGUUGCUCAGUAUACUGAAAGACACAGAUAUCGCUUGGGACGCUGUCACCAGUCUCGUCGUUCAUAGCUGUGAACAGUCUGAUCUUGCCAAGGGAGGACAGCCGGAUGAAGCCACGCUGACGCAUCGACUCGCAGAUCUCACCAUGACUGCAGAUGGCGUCUCGUUUCAUGGGCGCAUCAGGCAAUUGGAGAACUCUAUCUUGGCCGACCUCAUUGAUAUUACUAUACCCUCCUUUCGCAUGGUUGUCUUGACAAAUGAGUCUCUAGAGAUGCUGUUUGAUCAUGGAUUUGCAGACAGUUUCAAGGUGGUGAAAUCAGCCAUGGAUCGUCAAAAGAGCUUGGGCCGUGAAGUGUUUGAAAACUUGUUUGCGGAUGGUCAAAAGCUUGCAAAGGGAGUGUCUCAUGGUCCAUCGCCUACGCUAUCAAGCCCCACAUCAGCUACAACAACAACGACAUCGAGAAAUAGAUCGCCUUCGUCUGCGUCUACCAUGUCCAUGGAUAAGAAGGCCAAGGAAGAUGCUGAAGUGGAUACGCUUAUGGAUGAGUGGGAUCAUUUUGAUAUUUAA